AGACAAACCAAAACGAGGUUAACUGUCAUGGCGGUCUACAUUGGGAUAUGAGCUGCCAGUGACACACAGACAACCAAAAUGCUCUUACAAGAGCCAGUACAGGCUGCCAUCUUAGAUGCCUUGAAUCACUAUGCCUACAGCGAUGCCACAUUCCUUGCUGAGAGGCUGUAUGCCGAAGUGUCGUCAGAUGAGGCGCUUCACCUGUUGGCAACAUGCUAUUACCGGUCAGGCAGACCCAUCCAGACAUACAUGCUGCUCCAGAAGCGGGGUUGCCCCACCCCUCAGUGCAAGUACCUGAUGGCCAAGUGCUGCAUGGACAUCCAGAAGUAUGCGGAGGCUGAGGAUACACUGGCGGGCAACAUUCUCAGUCGGUGCAAGUCUCUAGACGAAAUCGAGAAUGAGUUCGGCAACAUGGCUUGCCAUGUCUUUUCUCUCCUGGGCAACAUGUACAGUAAAACAGAGCGUGUGAAGAAGGCUGCGGAAUGUUACAGGAAAAGUCUUCGAAUCAAUCCCCUUUUGUGGAAGUCAUAUGAAAGGUUGUGCCAACUUGGUGAGAAGGUUGACCCUGGCCAGGUCUUCCAGGUGCCCCAGCACACAGCCCCGCCCACCAACACCCACAACAUGUCACAGAACAUCACCGAUGUCCUCACCCCCAUCUCAUAUGCAGAUAUGGGUAAUGUGAUCUUGACCACCCCUCAGAUCUGUGUGACCCAGUCCAUGACCCCCGAGAAUCAAGAGCCCCCUAUGGUGGACAUUCCCUCUGCCCCCACAACAGCGCGUCACCCCCGGACACAGUCUGUCAUCUCCAGGGGCCUCUACAGUAAACCUCUGUUCCACAGCCCACUCACUCCCCGUUUUGGUAUUCUGCCCCUGGAGACGCCUAGCCCCAUGGAUCACAGCACCAUGCCCUUCAUCACACCAAGCCCUGUGUCCUACAGUGAACAACAGACACUUGAUCCCAAGGCACCCAGCAAGAAGCCGGUCACACGGAGAAGUCACAAUCAAAACCAGAUGCCAAAGCCUCCAGUAUUCAGUAUGUCUGGGAACACUGCCAAUACAAGAGACAUUUCUAACCAGACAGGGAAUAUUCCAAAUGUUAGAAGAAGUUCACGGUUGUUUGGAAAUUCAAGCUCUGUGAAGGAAAACAACAAAAGUCAAGGAAAAUCCCGAUUUGCCAGUCCGAAGGCAGUAGGUCGGAAGUCCAAGACGAGACUGAGCAAGUCACAACAAGAACUGAAUGAAAUCAACAAGAGUGACUUGUCUGUUGACAGCAAGCCAUCCUUGACUUCUGACACACCCACACAAACCCAAAUUAUACAGAUGCAGCAUCAGUCAUUAGCGGGUAUCUUGAAUCUCCUGCAGGCCCUGGGCAAGGCGUAUCUGUCACUAUCUCAGUAUGACUGUCGCAAGGCUGUAGAACAGUUCUCCGAUCUGCCUGAGCACCAGUACAACACAGGCUGGGUGCUGUCUCAACUGGGCCGAGCUUUCUUUGAAGGGGCAAUUUACCAAAAGGCAGAGAAGAUCUUCCAGGAACUCCGUCGGCUGGAGCCGUAUCACAUGGAGGGGCUGGAGUACUACAGUACGACACUGUGGCACCUGCAGCGAGAGGUGGAGCUCUCCACACUGGCCCAGGAACUCACAGAGCUUGACAAGAACUCGCCAGAGGCAUGGUGUGCAACAGGAAACUGCUUCAGUUUGCAAAAGGAGCAUGAUGUAGCUAUCAAGUUCUUUCAGCGAGCGACGCAGGUGGACCCAACAUUUGCCUAUGCGUACACCCUACUAGGCCAUGAGUACGUCUUCACAGAGGAGCUGGACAAAGCAUUGACCUACUUCAGGAACGCCAUCAGGGCAGAUCCCAGACACUAUAAUGCUUGGUAUGGUGUUGGUAUGAUUUUUUACAAACAAGAAAAAUUCAGCUUAGCCGAAGUCCAUUUCAGUAAAGCCUUAAAGAUCAACCCACAGAGUUCUGCGCUCCUGUGUCAUGUUGGUGUGGUGCAACAUGCCCAGCAGAAGUCGGAGUCAGCCCUGCAGACUCUGAACAUAGCCAUCAGUGCAGAUCCCAAAAAUCCUCUAUGCAAGUUCCACCGGGCUUCCAUAAUGUUUGCUAAUGACAAGCACAUGGAAGCUUUAGAAGAGUUAGAAGAGCUGAAAAUGAUCAUUCCUAAGGAAUCUCUUGUUUAUUUCCUUAUUGGAAAGGUCCAUAAAAAGUUGGGUAACACCCACCUGGCAUUGAUGAACUUCUCCUGGGCAAUGGACCUGGAUCCUAAAGGUAUCAACAACCAGAUCAAAGAGGCCAUUGAUAAGCUGUAUGUCCCAGAGGAGGAUGACCCACUCUCUCGCCUCAAUGAAACAGGUAUGGAAGAAGGAGCAGGGCUGGAAGAUGGCCAGGAGGGUGCCUCGCAGAGCACAUCGUCCAACAUGGACCCUGAUCUGCAGGCCAUUGAGAGUGACGAAAGCUUAUGACAGAUGGAUAUAGAAAAUUAGACACAAUAGCUACUAGACACGACCACCAUAACUGGGUGGGAAAACUGUCUACUAGACACCACUACAUGGGCUGGUCAAAAAGGCUGUCUGGUCAAUAGUUAUUGGGCUUUCCUCUCUCUCUCUACCUCUGCUAGGACUUCAGAUGCCAGGUUAUGAGAGGAUCUUACAACACAAGGACAAGUGCAGGAUUUGUCUACCUCUGAUGCUGCAGUUAAUGGCAAAUUGUACAACUAUAUUUGUUAAACUGGAGGUGUAUUUUUCAGACUGAUACUGUAUUCUUGUAAUUUCAUAAGAUCUUAUUAGAAUAAGAUGUGAUGCUUGUUAAGUUUUAAAUGGUCAAGGAAUUUGAUGUUGAUUUGUCUCAAGCACCUGUUGGAGAAAGUUGACAACAGUGAAUUGGGCAGAUAUAUUCAGACAAAACAAUGGCCACUGUCAGUUUUGUAAACUCAACUGCUUUUGUUUGCUUUCUUCCUUAUAUGUUAACCUGUCAAUUCUUUACUUCAAUAAUUAUUGUAAAACAAAUUAUUUUCUGAGGGGCGGAUGAGAAGAAUAUGCAAUGACAUGGUAUUCCUUUAAACCAUGGACUCAACAAUUAAGUCAUUUACAUGUUUAAUGUGUUGGCUUACAGGGGUCCCAGUCUGAGACAGUGCAAAUCACUGCAGAGUUGCAUCCCUUGGGUUAUGCCAGGAACCUAUGACUGAGGGUUCUAAUCCUGGUUUACCCUGGUUAUGUUUCCAGGUUUGUCAGGACCAUACAUCUGCUUGUGGGUUUCACCAAAGUGAUAAAUGCUGAGACCUGCAUCACUUUUGUACUCUCCUCCCAAGCUGAGUUGUCAUGAUAUAACUGGUAUACUGUUGCAGUAUAAUUACACACAAUGACUCGCUCACUGUUAUCCUACACUUAUUCAGUGGGUUCCGACUAAGGGAUAGUAAUGUGUGGAUAUUUGGAAACUCUGCAACUAGUCAUGCUGACAAAAAUAUAGCGAUAGUUCAAAA